AUGAUAGCGAAGAUCGAGAGCCCUGGCGGAACAGAAGAGUCCAGUAUCUCACUUGAAGAAAAAUAUGCCUAUUUUCCAACACCCGGUACUCAGUUCGGCAAGAUCCCAGAAAGUCCACAAGUCCUGAUUAGCGACACUGCGAUAGACAAGAUUGUGGCCAGGAUCGCUCUGGAAUCUGGAGCUCUGUCGACAUAUGUUGCAGGAGACGGAAAGAUUCUCGUAGGCGAGGAUCGAUACGUCAACGGCGCGGCGGCCAAAAGGGCGACUGUCCGUGCACGGCUCCAAAACAAACAAGCUGGUUGGAGCAACCGAUAUCGGAAAGAUGCCGCUCACUCUGCGCGCUUCUCCAGACGACAAGCUCGGAUUCACGGCGAACAUCUUCGAGGGAUCGGUGUCCGUGGUUGA